AUGACUGAGAACGGAAAUGUCAGCGUUGAUGACAACCGAGCGAAGAAGAGGUCAUGGCAAGGGGCGUGGGAUGAGUCGGUUGCCGACUCUGACGCCGAUGACAAUACCAUGGCGCUUAGCGAAGAUGAUGUUCCCUACCAAUCCAACCGCCAACGCAUUUCAACUCACCGUCGAACCCGCCAAAAUUCCACUCUGGACUCUGAUGAGGACAUUGGUCCUCGUCGCUCGAAAAGACAGCGCAUAUCCGCAAGACAAAGCAAUCGUCACAGCUCGCCGAUGAUUUCGGACGAUGAUCACAAGGACGAAGCCCCGCCGCAAGGUCGUCAACUCAGAGAACGCACUCAGAAACAGCUAAAACUGACCAGCAUGGUCUUCACCAACAUGCCUUUGACUCGCGACGACGAUAUGGAUGAGCUGUCUCAAGACCCGCCUCGCCAGCAAUCUGAGGAUGACGACGAUGAUGACUUUCAGAUCAUCACUUCCGACCUUCUGCCAAAGCCCUCUUCGUCCCGGCGCAAAAAAUCCCGGCGUCUCAAGGCGAAAGCAAAGACAAUUCGGCAACCCAGAUCACGAGGCUCAUCGAUUGAGUUCGAGGACCGCCGCCGGUCUGGCAGGUCGACCAGAAACAAGGCCAGCAUGCUGGAUGAAGCGCUGAUGGAUGAUGAAUCAUUCUACAUCGAAGACACAGCACCAGCCAGUGCACCAAGGGUUGUCAAUAUCAAGGAAGUCUUCAAGCCAGUCAACCAUAGUUCGCCAUUCAAUCAAUUUCACACCGAUUUCUGUGGAGCCUGCAACGCCGGCCCUGCUGUGAACAGAGGCCCAUUGAUUGGAUGUCAAGGCUGCUCCAUGUCGUUUCACAAAGGCUGCAUCGGAUACAGAUCAGCUCGAGAGCAUAUCGUCACCAAGGUCGGCGUUGACGAUUUCGUUCUUCAGUGCAAGUACUGCAUCAGAUUCUACGACAAGAAGGACAAGAACAGUCCGCGACACGAUCAUUGCCAACAGUGCAAAGGCGUUGGACGCUCGUGCGCCGCAUUCGCACCCAAAAGAACUUCAAAGCAGGAAGAGAAGAUCCGUCUCGAGAACGGUGGCGAGGACCCAAUUACACCUGUUGACCCUUCCUUGGUCAACAAUGCUGACAACCUGCUGUUCCGGUGUACUAUGUGCAAACGUGGUUGGCACUACGAGCAUCUGCCUUCAUCUGAGAUGGACUCAGACUUGUCCGACCUUCGUCAACAACGUCUCUCAGAGUACUCUGUUGACUGGAAGUGCUUCGACUGCGGUACAGUAUCUGACAAGAUCCAGACAUUGGUGGCUUGGCGGCCUGCCGAAAAGAAGUCACUCGAGUCCGGAAAGACAUACAGCGACUUGAAGGAGGACGAGAAAGAGUACCUUAUCAAGUGGCAGGGUAAAUCAUACUUUCAUUGCAGCUGGAUGCCUGGAGCUUGGGUUUUCCACAUCGCUGCGGGAGCCAUGCGCACCUCUUUUGCAAAGAAGGAUGCAGAUCAAAACCUGGCACUGAAGUUUACUAAAACUGAGGCAAUCCCUCAGGAGUACCUUCUUGUUGAUGUCAUCUUUCAGGCCAAGGUGAAGGGCACGGCAAGGGGAACAUUGGAGGGUGAAAUGGACCGCAUCGGCAAUGUCGACAAGAUAUACGUCAAAUUUCAAGGUCUUGGCUACGACGAGACGGUCUGGGAUUCCCCGCCAAAGCCAGAUACUGGAGAACUCUACAGCGCAUUCAAAGCGGCAUACUACGAAUACUUGGCUGGCAAGUACUUCAACAGCCCUCCAAAUGCCAAGAUGAAGGAGCGGGUAAACAAAUGGAAGGAUCAGAAAUUCGUCAAAUUGAACCAUCAACCUCCUGGCCUCCGUCGCGGCAAGCUGAUGGAUUACCAGAUUGAAGGUGUCAACUGGGUCUUAUGGAACUACCACGAAAGCAAGAACGUCAUUCUUGCCGAUGAGAUGGGUUUAGGCAAGACGGUGCAAGUCAUUGGCUUGAUUUCAACUCUCGUCCACAGCGACCCGAAGUGCUGGCCGUUCCUCAUUGUCGUCCCGAAUUCCACUUGCCCGAACUGGCGGCGCGAAAUCAAACAAUGGGCUCCAGAUCUCCGAGUUGUCACUUACCACGGGGGCAAACAAGCACAGGACUUGGCAUAUGAGUUUGAGCUUUUCCCGAAUCGCUCUCAGAACAUCAAGGCCCAUGUCGUCGUCAUGUCGUACGACUCUGCUCAGGAUGAACGGACGAAGCACAAGUUUAGCUCAGUCCAGUGGGCUGGUUUAGUAGUUGACGAAGGUCAACGACUGAAGAACGACAAGAGCCUGUUGUACACGGCUCUACGUUCUAUGCGCUUCCCCUUCCGGCUCCUCUUGACGGGCACGCCAUUGCAGAACAAUAAGCGAGAGCUUUUCAACUUGCUGCAGUUCGUCGACCCAACUCAGAACGCGGCGAAACUUGACGAGGAGUUCCAGGAGUUGAAUGGCCAAAACCUGCCCGAGCUUCAUGGUCGAAUCAAGCAAUACUUCCUUCGAAGAACGAAAGCUCAGGUCUUGAAGUUUCUGCCUCCCAUGGCACAGAUCAUUGUUCCUGUCUCCAUGUCUAUUUUACAGGAAAAGCUUUGCAAAUCAAUCAUUGCCAAAAGCCCUGAUUUAAUCAAGGCCAUCUUCGCGGAUGACAAGAUUAACAAGAGAGAUCGUGGGAGCCUGAACAACAUCCUCAUGCAGCUCAGAAAGUGCCUUUGCCAUCCUUUCAUGUAUAGCGAGGCAGUCGAGGAGCGAUCGCUAGAUCAAGAUAAGAUGCACCAAAAUCUUGUUUCGGCAUCAGGAAAACUCAUGCUUUUGAAUAUUAUGCUGCCUAAACUGAAGGAGAGGGGCCACCGAGUUCUCAUUUUCAGCCAGUUUUUGGAUCAGUUGGACAUCAUUGAAGACUUCCUGAAUGGGCUUGGCUUCCAGCACAGACGACUCGAUGGCAAGAUCAACAGUCUGGAAAAGCAGAAGCACAUUGACGCCUUCAACGAGCCGGACUCCGAUAUCUUUGCAUUCCUCCUCUCAACCAGGGCAGGAGGUGUAGGUAUCAACCUGGCGACAGCUGACACGGUCAUCAUUCUAGAUCCGGACUUCAACCCUCAUCAAGACAUUCAAGCCAUUUCUCGAGCUCAUCGAAUUGGACAGAAGCACAAAGUUCUCUGCUUCCAGCUAAUGACGAAGAACUCGGCCGAAGAGAAAAUCAUGCAGAUUGGCCGGAAGAAGAUGGCUCUUGACCAUGUACUGAUCGAGGCUAUGGAUGAAGAAGGCGAGCCGGAUGACCUAGAGUCAAUUUUGAAGUUUGGAGCGUCUGCGCUGUUCAGUGACGACCAUGACGGCAAGGACAUCAUCCGCUAUGACGACGCAAGUGUCGACAAGCUUCUUGAUCGGUCUGAUAUUGAGCAGACAAAGACCGGUAAUGACGAGUCUGCUGAGUCACAGUUCUCCUUUGCGCGGGUCUGGGCCAACGACAAAGCCGGAUUCGAAGACAACUUGGCUGAAGAGAACGAACCCACAGUCAACCCAAACGUUUGGGAGGAGAUUCUAGCAGAGCGCGAGGCUGAGGCCAGGCGAAUCGCGGAGCUUAAUAAGGAGGUUCUUGGUCGUGGUGGUCGGCGCCGUCAGGCGAUCAACUACAAGACCAAUGGCACAGCUGGUGUCGUCACUGACCUUGCCGUCGACAACAGCGACAGCUCCGAUAACGACGGAGAAUUCAUUGGCGAAGACGAUGAGGAACCGGAUACUGACACGGAGAAUAGGGCUUUGGGAAAUGGUUCCAAAGGUAAAGCUAAAUCUGCUUCUACUCGUUCCACUCGAAGAAAUACAAGUGCCAGUAAGAGACAGCAAGUUAACAACUCCACACCACAGAAGACGCGCCAACGCAGAACUCCAAAGAACGGCCUCGUGCAAUCCAACAAGGUCAAAACGACGACCCCGCGAAAACUAACCCCGCGGAAACAGUCGCCUCGCAACCAAAAUACGCAAAAUCUAGGACAGGUCAAGGCGUCUACAAGAAAUGGAGACCCAAUUCAGAGCAGAAUCACCAAGCCGCAAGCCUCGGACCAGUCCAGGGGAACGGAGAAGCCCUUGGUGGCAACAAUUCCGCUCAGCCCAUUGUCAACUACCACACCCAGCAGCCCGGAAUCCCAACUCACCAAUACUCCAACUCUGGGCGAGGGGGCGGUGGUGAUCAACUCCUGA